AUGGUGGGACACAAGGUCAACUAUUACAUCUUCACCGAUCGUCCCGACGACAUUCCCAACUUCACUCUCGCAGAAGGCAGGUCUCUGUCUGUUCUUGAAGUCCCCGGAUACAAAAGAUGGCAAGAUGUUACCAUGAGGAGGAUGCAGAUGAUCAGAGAUCACACUCGCGAUCGCUUUGUCAAUGAGGUAGACUACUUAGUGUGCAUCGACGUGGAUAUGGUUUUUUCCGACCACAUUGGAGUGGAGAUCUUAAGCGAUGUGGUCGGAGUCAUCCAUCCUGGGUUCUUCGGAGCAUCUCGUAAAGCUUAUACGUAUGAACGCCGACCAGAGUCUGCGGGCUACAUUGCUGUAGAUGAGGGGGACUUCUAUUACACGGGGUGUUUUUUUGGGGGUGCAGUAGAAGAGAUUUAUAAGUUGACUAAUUACACCCAUCAUGCCAUGUUGGCAGACAAAGCGAAAAACAUGGAGGCUCUCUGGCAUGACGAGAGCUAUUUAAACAAAUAUUUUCUUUCUCACAAACCAACCAAAGUCCUCUCUCCUGAGUAUGCGUGGAUGAAUUAUUCUGGCUCUCCAGUCGUCGUAAAGGUAAAAAGACUUAUCCAGGUCGACAAAGACUUCAAGGCCGUCUGA